AAUAUUUGAUAUAUUUAAAUGCAGAAAAACGUGUGCGCCUACUUAUAUAUACACAGAAAUGAAGCGAUAAAGCAUUGCCGUGGCUGAGAUUUAUCAGAGUUGUCAACUUGCAAUGGCCAUCCCUCUCCUCCUCCUCUUCCUUAUCUUUUCAGACUCACUGACGAAGAGCGAGAGCUUAGGAGUAGGGAUCAACUACGGCCAGAUUGCGAACAACCUUCCGUCGGCGUCGCGCGUGGCGUCUCUCCUCCGAUCCGUCAACAUCACCAAAGUAAAACUCUACGACGCCGAUCCAAUCGUCCUCUCCGCCUUCGCCAACUCCGGCGUGGAAUUCGUGAUCGGAUUAGGCAACGAGUACCUCCAGAAGAUGACCGAUCCAAUCCAAGCCCAAUCCUGGAUCCAGCAGCACGUCCAGCCCUACAUCUCCCACACCAAAAUCACCUGCAUCACCGUCGGCAACGAGGUCCUCAUGGGCAACGACACUCACCUCAAAUCCUACCUCCUCCCGGCAAUGCAGACCGUCUCCGCCGCCCUCCGCACUCUCGGCCUCACCAACGACAUCUACGUCACCACCGCCCACUCCUUCAACGUCCUAGGCGUAUCCUUCCCCCCCUCCGCCGGCGCCUUCCGCCCCGAUCUCGCCGAGUAUAUGCAGGGGAUCCUCGCCUUCCACAAGCAGACCAACUCUCCCUUCCUCAUCAAUGUCUACCCCUUCUUCGCCUACAAGGACAGCAACGGCCAGGUCCUCCUCGACUACGUCCUCUUCCAGCCCAAUCCCGGCACCAUCGAUCCAAACACCAAUUUACACUACGACAACAUGCUCUACGCCCAGAUUGACGCUGUUUACGCGGCUAUUAAGGCGCUAGGCCAUACCGACAUCCAAGUGAAGGUCUCAGAAACAGGAUGGCCUUCCAAGGGCGAUCCAAAUGAGUUCGGGGCGACGCCGGAGAAUGCGAGAUUGUACAAUGGGAAUCUGCUUAGUAGGAUAGAGCAGAGGCAGGGGACUCCGGCAAAGCCUCAAGUGCCCAUUGAUGUCUUCUUUUUCGCGCUUUUUAACGAGAAUAUGAAGCCCGGCCCCGUUUCUGAGAGGAACUACGGCUUGUAUUACCCUGAUGGCUCUCCUGUUUACAACAUUGGGCUGCAGGGUAUUCUUCCCCGUAUGGACUACUCAGCUUCUGCCAAAAAUGUUGGAAUGUUGUCAAGUGGUAUUCUUUGGUUAUUGAUAGUUACUAUAUGUUUGUUGUAGCGGAAGAGGGAGUUUACAGACAACACUUUUUCUUCACCAUUUCCUUUAGAGGGAAAACGUUCCAGGUGAUGCUGCAAUGCGAUGGAAUGGAAAAGAUUGUGCAGAAGACAGCCUUGGAGAGUAGGAAUUUUUAGACAGGGAUACACGUACUUUUUAGAUUGAUUAGGAAAUUCAUCCAUAUAAACACACAAUAAAUAUCACACUCAUGAUUUUAAUCAUAAAUAUUUUUUGGCACAAUAGAGAUGUAUUCUAGUUUACUGUAUUCGAUUUCGUGACGAUGCAAGUUUCUACUUAUUUAUAAUCAGAUUCGUUUUCCACGUCCA